AUGUUGACCCGCUUUCAGACGCGCAAAGCGAGGAUUCUAGAGCAACUUGCCGCCCCAGAUGAGGAAUACCAGGAUCUGUCGCCCAAAGGUUCUGUAGACGCACCAAUACGCGCCUUGAUCGGGGACCUGAAUGUUCUUGAAGGAUUGGUUACAACGAGCAGCUGCUCUGGACGCAUAAGCGUUUUCCUCGAGGGCCGCAAAGCUGAUCCUACCGACGCCUACCCCCAAGAAGAGUCAAAAGCGGGACCGGGAGGCAAAGGGGGCGGAGGCUUGUGGCUCUACAUAUCACAUGAUACUGUCGCAACAUCCUUAGAUGGCCUUUCAGAUCUCAUGGCUACUUUUGGCCUGACGAAGGGUGGUUCUGUCAAUAAAACAUCAAAAACAGCGUGCAGAUACAUCCAUCUGAAAUUCGAACCAAUGAUUCUGCAUAUUUUGACAGCGUCCCUAGAGGAUUGUCAGCGCGUUCUCACUGCCGCUCUCAGCGCCGGCUUCAGGGAAAGCGGUGCCGUGAGCAUGACUCCGUCGAAGAGCGGAGAGAUUAACCCCAUGGUAGCCGUGCGGUCUACAGGCUAUUCCUUCGAUUCCAUCAUCGGCUACCACGAUGAUGCGGGGCGAAACAUUGCGCUUGUGGACCAGAAAUAUCUCCAGACGCUAAUGCAUAUUGCGAAUGAACGUUUCCAGAUCAACGCGGAAAGGAUUGCACGAUUUAGAACAGCUUUGCUUCGACAGUAUCAACAUCAGCCGUUCGAGAGCUCUGGAAGCGCUGCAUCCGAAUGGGAGGACGCCGAAGCAAGAAAACAACGGAAAAGAGCAGAGGGGCUUGCACGGCAGCAAGCUUUGAAGAACCAAAGCGAAUCAAACCCUACGAAUUAA